UGGCCCCUUUGGAAUCGUCUUUUACCCUGUGCAGAACGUUAGUGCUCGCAUCGCAUACCACACGGCUCCAGCAGUUUGUGUGGAAAAGUACAUCAACCAGACCAGACGUGUGUCGUCGGAUUGUCGAGUGCGUAUCAUCACCUUCAAUAGCAGCAGAAAAAUGUUCUCUUCCCUGAUUGACGCCGCCCGGAACUCUCCGUUCAAGACUCCCUUCAGCAGAGCCCAGUGCGAUGCCGGAAGUCCAGUGGCUGGACGGUCAAUCCAGGCAGCCGCCAGCAAGGAAGUCGAGUUCGGUUCCAACGAAUUUUUCGGCCUGUGCGCCAUCGGCGGUAUUCUGUCGUGCGGUCUGACGCACACAGCCGUCGUUCCGUUGGAUUUGGUCAAAUGCCGCUUGCAGGUCGAUGCGGCUAAGUACAAGAACGUGUUCCACGGUUUCAAGGUUACCGUGGCCGAGGAGGGAGCCCGCGGUUUGGCCAAGGGAUGGGCUCCAACCUUCUUCGGAUAUUCGGCACAGGGUGCCUUCAAAUUCGGCCUGUAUGAGGUGUUCAAAAUCAAGUACGCCGACUUGAUUGGCGAUGAGAAUGCCUACCUGUAUCGUACCUCGGUUUACCUGGCUGCUUCGGCUUCAGCCGAAUUUUUCGCCGAUAUUGCCCUAUCGCCGCUAGAGGCUGCCAAGGUCAAGAUCCAGACCAUGCCCGGUUACGCCAACACCAUGCGCCAAGCCAUGCCCAAGAUGAUGGCCGAGGAGGGCGUUGCAGCCUUCUACAAGGGUCUGGUUCCGCUGUGGUGCCGACAGAUCCCGUACACCAUGAUGAAGUUCGCCUGCUUCGAACGUACCCUGGAACUGUUGUACAAGCAUGUUGUACCGAAGCCCCGUGACCAGUGCACAAAGGGUGAGCAGCUUGUGGUGACAUUCGCUGCCGGUUACAUUGCCGGUGUAUUCUGCGCUAUUGUGUCUCACCCAGCUGAUGUGGUCGUGUCGAAACUGAACCAGGCCAAGGGAUCCAGUGCGAUUGACGUUGCCAAGAGCCUUGGCUUCAUGGGUAUGUGGCACGGAUUGGUGCCCCGUAUUGUGAUGAUCGGUACGCUGACCGGUCUCCAAUGGUUCAUCUACGAUGGUGUUAAGGUGGCUCUGUCCAUCCCCCGCCCACCCCCACCAGAGAUGCCAGAAUCGCUGAAGAAGAAGCUCGGUGUCGAAUAAGAGAAUUGUGCGUUGCUUUCUGUUUGUGUCCGUAAGGGAAUUCUACAAGCUAGCGAAAAAAGUCUAGAGUGUAAUUAGUGGAAAAGUUAAUUGAUCACAACAUGUGCCGGGUUGUGCGAGCUUAGGACGCAAGUGUAAACAGUGUAUUAUGCAAAGUUAAUUGCUACUCAAACCAUCAAAGUAAUAAAAUCAUACGGGAUCGUCUACAAUUUGUAACUACAA